UCAUCAACCCGAUGUACGUACACAAAUUGUCUUUUUGAAGCGCUAGGCAACAUACCGUCAGAACAUCCAUCGUAGUGUAUCACUUCGCUCUGUCUGCUGAACAGCAUGUUCGAGAACGGCUGCAGCUUAUUUGCAAUUUACUUGCUUAGUUUCAUUGGUCUGUACGCCAGCCUCAUAUUUCUGUACGAAACGCUUAAUUCACCAGUUCGUAUCAUCUGGAGGGUCUUAUUUCCAAAGCCUAGUCUCAAAGACCGAUAUGGUCCAUGGGCCGUGGUAACGGGGUCGUCCGAUGGGAUCGGAAAGCAGUACGCGUUGAAUUUGGCUCGCAAUGGCAUGAACCUGCUGCUGAUCUCCAGAACCAAAUCCAAACUGCAACAGGUAGAACGAGAAAUUCGUUCCGAGUGCAAUGUGGAAGUGAAGAUAAUGGACAUUGACUUUUCCGAUGGUUAUCGGGUGUACGCCCGAAUUCGUAAGGAGCUUGAAGGACUCGACGUUGGAGUGCUUGUGAACAACGUUGGAGUCAUUCACAAGCACCCGAUUACGGUGGAGGAAAUCACACAAUCGGAAAUGGAUCAAGUGUUUACCGUCAACAUGCUCUCCACUGUGAUGAUGGUUCAGAUGGUUCUACCCGGCAUGAAACUACGUCACCGGGGGAUCAUUGUGAACAUGAGCUCUGAGGGCGGACACGUUCCAAUGCCAUUCGUCGCCCUCUACGGGGCUUCUAAAGCGUUUCUCUGUUCGUAUAGCGAAGCCCUACAGGAGGAACUCAGAGACAGCGGAGUUGAAUGUCAGCUGGUGAUGCCGAUGGUUGUGGCGGACACUUCUUUUCUUGUUUAUGUUGGGCAAAGGUUUCUCGUCAAGCUGUUAUCCGCGAACUUGGAGAAUUUUGGAAAGAUGGCUGUUUGGCUGAUUGGCAAGACGUAUUACACCACGGGAUGCUGGUAUCAUGCAGUGCAAGUCACCGGACUGAGAAUGUUCCCGCGAUGGAUUCUUACCAAAAUAAUUUUGUUCUACAUGAGAAGAAUGUCCAGAGAACAAGAGAAAGCGUCAUGAUGUUAUAAAAGCAUUGUCUAUGAAUAUAAUUUCUUAUAAAUUUGAGCUUGUAUUCUUCUUCUUCAUGGCAUUACAUCCCCCACUGGGACAUUGAGCAUUUCCACGGUUACUAACUGCGAGGAUUCUAAGCCAAGUUACAAUUCGUGCAUUCGUAUAUCAUGAUCCUAAAACUUUCAUACUUUAACUGCCAGAGAAGUCCCCCGAUGUAUUGUUAAUUGCGGGCCGGAGGUACUGAACGGAUAAGAAGAGUUUGGUUUUAAUUGUUCUAGCGUCUGGUUGCAGAUUUCCGUUAUCCUCUACACGACAAUAGAUGGCCAGGAAAGUCGAGAAAAUUUGCAACCCGAAGAUUUCCUAGACUGAGCCGGAAAUUGAAUCCGGCCCUUUCAGCAUGCUCUUGCUUGUACAUAUUGCCAUUUACGAUGAUGGGUCAUUAGGCGGAAGGACGUUAGGCCGAAUGAGAACUGGGAGUGAGGAAUGAGUAGUGUGAAGUGAGGAAGAAGUAGAAUGGAAGAAGAAGAAAUUAAAAGGGAGGAAGAAGUUAAAAAAGGAGGAAGGAGGGAGAAGAAAGGAGGAAGAAUGUAGAAGGACGAAGCAGGUAGGAAGCAAGAAGGAAACAGGAUGAAGGAAGAAGGAAGAAGGAAGAAGAAACAAAGAAGAAGGAAGAAGAAAGAAAGAAGAAAGAAGAAAAAACGAAAGAAGAUAGAAGGAAGAUGAAAGAAGAAAGAACCUGACACCGCCAUUUACUUAGUAUAUUGGACAUUAUUAAUAUUCAGCAAUUCCUAUCCAUAAUGAUAUCUUAAAUCAAAGUGUGGUAUAAUCUUCGAUUAUAGUGUGAAAUCAUUAUCACAUUAAAGGAAUAAACUACAACAUUAUGCUUAAG